AUGGGUUCUAGGCACAGGUCAGUCUCCGCGGCCCAACUGGACUGGGCCGCUUCCAGAGACCGCGGCCGAAUUCCAGGUCUCGGGCGCAAAGAGCCUAGUGGUCCUCGCGAGCAGGUCGACCUCCACCCCCACGCCCAGGCCUGUUUGGAACCGGCCGUCUUGCAACGGUCCUAUUCCUGGCGCUGCCGGGACGCGGUUGGACAAAGGCUCUAUGGUCCGGAAGAAGUAGUGAUCCCCUAUUCUUCUGACAAUGACUCAGGAAGUGUGGAUUUGCAGCUGAGCAACUUAGAUGAUAUUAAAAAAGGCCCAAGUAGUCUUGAUCUUACAGACUCGGAUAUCUCAGAUAUCACUGGACUUCCUCAGGAAUCCCUCACAGAUAGUUUCAGCUACCCAACCUACCAGAGACCCCUUGGCGAGGCCAUCAUCCAGAGGCUGACCAGCUCUGUGCAGGAGUUUUUGAAUAGCGAGAUAAAGGGUGAAUUUGAGAAGCUGACAUUCCUAAGAUCUUUGUCUUCUCUCAGCCGAACUUUACCUUAUGAUGAAACCACAGAAUCUUUCAUCCAAAGCCACAUAAUAGACAUUGUGCGUAUCUUAAAUCUGCUGUUGCAAGAGGAGUCCCCACAUUCUGUCCUCAGUCCUGUGCUCCAGGAGAUCUUCAUCACCAUUGCUGACUUCAGUUACCAAGAUGUCCAUUUGCUGUUUGGCUCUGAAGAGCGAGCUGACUUGUUCAGUCUGACCAUCCGAAGCCUAAUCACUCUGCCUUCUGUAAAGACCUCUGCACAGCUGCAAGAAAUAGUGCCAAGUGGGGCUGACAACUCUGAGUGUCUCUACAGGCAGACGUUACAGGCGUUCUCUGAGAUGCUCCAGAGUUUGGUGGUUAAAGAUCCACAUAUGGAAAAUCUGAAUGCCAUUUUUGAGCUUCCACUUCAGUUCCAAAGACUUGGACAUCUGGUGGCUGUCAUGGCGCUGCUGUGUGGGGACCCACUGAAAGAAGUGGCUGAGGAGGCUGCCAAGGGCACACACUACCUGCUGCAUAUCACCAUGAGGCUAAAAUAUAUCACUCAUGACAAGAAAAAUCACCAAAGCUUGCGGAAAGCAUUGAAAAAAUGCCGAGAACUUUUGGCGCUCUACAGUAUUGAGCAGUUCUACAGUUGUCCCUUCAAAAUUGCCCAGGUGCCAGAAAUUAUGGGAGUCAUCUGUGCCCGACUACCCAUGAUCAGCAAACCAAGCAUCCGCCAACAAAUCAUAAAUACUGUGAGCUUGUUUAUCGCCAGGCCUAAGUAUACAGAUAUAGUGCUCAGCCACCUUCUGUGUCAUCCAGUACCAUAUGACAGGCAUCUGGCUGAGUUGUGGAGAACACUGGAGGUAGAGAUGCCCAGCACAACCUGGAUUCUGUGGAGACUCCUGAGGAAGCUACAGAAAUGCCACAGUGUGCCCAUUCAGGAGAAGAUGGCCUAUGUGGCUGUUGCUGCAACAGAUGCCCUUUAUGAGGUGUUUAUGGGAAACAGGCUUCGAGCAGCUACAUUCCGACUCUUUCCUCAGCUUCUCAUGACACUGCUCAUCCAGAUCCACCACAGCAUCAGCCUGACCAUGUCUGAUGUCGCUAUCCCGAGCAAACUGUACACAGACCAAGAAGUGUCUUCAGAGGUCACCCCUCUGUGCUUUGCAAUACAGGCUACAAAAACUCUCCUCCUCAGAACAUUGUGCUGGCAAGAAUUCAGCAUCAUGGAAAAGAAUAAAGGAUGGACCCUUUUGGAAGGAAAAGAUUGCCAUCUUCAGGGAGUAUCUCUUCUUGCCAAUGCUUUGCUGGAAAAAAAUCAUGUGCUUGCACAUAAGGUCAUGUACUUGCUGGUCCCUCUUCUUAACCGAGGAAACGAUAAGCAUAAAAUCACAUCUGCAGGCUUUUUUGUGGAGCUUCUUCAGAGUCCAGUGGCUAGGAGACUGCCCAGCAUAUACUCUGUUGCCCGACUGAAAGAUUGGCUGCAUCAUGGGAAUAAUGUCUUCAGAGUGCUUGCCCUGAGGGGAGUGUGCUAUCUCCUCAGACACCAGGAGAUGAGGGAAGAUAUCAAGAGGCUGUUGCCGUGCGUCUUAGACAGCUUAUGUGAAAUCGAUGAGAAGAUUGUGGUGUUGGCUAUCCAGAUACUUCUGCACUUUGUCCAGUCCAUGGAAUUCACUACCUUGGCUGCCAUGAUGAGAACUCUUUUCUCCUUGUUUGGUGAUGUGAGACCUAAUGUUCAUCGUUUCUCCAUGACCCUCUUUGGAGCCUCCAUAAAGUCUGUGAAAUGCUCAGAUAAGAAGUGUGUAGAGAACCAAGUCUUGGACAGCUUGGUCCCACUACUUCUGUAUUCUCAGGAUGAAAAUGAUGCAGUAGCUGAGGAAAGCAGGCGAGUCCUAAGUAUAUGUGCUCAGUUCCUGAAGUGGAAGCUGCCCCAAGAGGUGCACUGCAAAGAUCCCUGGUACAGCAAGCCUAAUCAAGCUGCAAUAAUCUGCGACUUUUUUGAAAAAAAAUGCAAGGGAAAGGUUAACAUACUAGCCCAAACAUUGAUGUACUUCAAGAAUGCAAAACUUCCUAUCAGAAGAGCAGCAACACUCUUUGUAGGGCUCUUAUCCAAGUACAUGGAUCACAGUGAGCUCAGGAUGAAGGGUACUGACUGGAUAGAGGAUGGAAAGAAUAUUAGCGUAUUUGUCUGGAAACUAGCUUUGAUGAAUGUUUCAGAGACAGUUCCUGAACAUUGUCAAGAAUAA